AUGGACCGCCAGAUCAAGGCCGAGCCCGGCGCAGCCGACACUCCCUCCGCCAAUUCUGCCACCGCUUCCCCUCUCCCGACCUCGGCCAACUACACCGACUUCAUCCUCCGCUCGACCGCGCCGUCCACUUCGUCGGGGUGGAAGCACAACGUGAUGAAGUUUGCCGUGUCGGGCGACCGCGAGAUUGACCCCACGGACGAGUCGCUCUUCAUGCGCCCUGUCAAGCUGAACCGCAAGGAUCCGCGGACGGUCAGGCGGUUGACGGACGAGGACAGGGAGAGGCAUAACAAGCGGGCGCUUGCGCGGGCAGCCAAGGCAGCGGGUACGAGUAUGGAUAUCGAUGUCAAGCCUGGCGAGGGCGUCAAGGCGGAGGAUCAGGAAGGCGAGGGAGACGAGGACAAGGAGGAGUUGAACCCGGAGCUCGUGGGCAGGGGCGCGAACGGGACGACCGGGAUGCAGCGGCGCGGACCGAGCGGGCAGUUCAAGAAGAAGACGAAGCGGGUGUACGUCUCGAGCGAGGAGGCGCGGCGGCUGAGGCGGGAAGAGUGGCAGCCUUGGGUUCUCGAGGACGACGAGGGCCAGGAGAGGUGGAUCGGCAGGCUCGAGGGAGGCGCAGGAGAAGUCGAGGCCAAGUCUUCGCAGACGGACUCGAAGAACGGAGCGGGUCUGUCGGGCUGGCGACCUGCGGCGGAGGCGAGCGCGACAGGAGGCGGAGGCAGCGCCUACGUCGCCUUCGUUCUCAGCGACGACGGCGAGCACUUUGAGGUCGUCCCAAUCAACCGGUGGUACCGCUUCAACCAGGGCCCGAAGUACAUGACUCUGGCGGAGGAAGAGGCGGAGCAGGAGUACAAUCGUCAGCAAAAGUCGAAGGAGACCGAGCGCUGGAUGAUGCACCGCCGCACCGCACCCGCUUCAGGCAGCUCAACUCCCCAGCCCUCCGCCUCGACAUCCGGCUCCAACGGCACCGGCAACGGUGGGGCAGUCUCUGCAUCUGCUCUGCGUGCUCGUAUGAUGGCUCGCUCAGCGACUGGUACGCGUGCGGACUCGAGCGAUGUGGACGAGAGGGGAAGGCCUCGCGUCAGGACGGUCAUCUCGGCUGGUGGAGAGGGCGGACGAGGUGGAGGCGGAGCGAGGGGCGGGCGGGCGCAGGACCAGGAUGCGGACGAGUUUGACUACGAGGAGGACUUUCAGGAUGAUGAGGAGGGCAUCGCGCAGAUUGAUGACUUGGCGGACGAGGACGAGCGCAAGGAGCUGGAGGAACGCAUCCGCCGCGAAAUGCGCGCCGUCGAGCGGAUGGAAGACACGCCCGAAGUGGAAGAUGACGACGAGGCGACCAAGCGCCUGACGGGCACAGGCAAGGAGAUCAAAAAACUCGUCAAGAAGUCGGACAAGUCGGGCGCGUACGAGUCGGACGACGAGGACGAGAACCCGUAUGCGAGCGACGAAGCCGACUCGGACGACAACGCCUCGACGACCUCCGCUCCGCGCGGUGACUCCAAUUCGCGCGCCGCCUCCCCGAACCCCGCCUCUCCUUCCUCUGCCGCCCGCUCGCGCAACGCCUCCCACUCGCGCGAUGGGUCGCCUGCCGGUUCGGGCUCGGCACUCGUCGCGAAGAGGGCGACGUCGCCUGCUCCAGGCUCCUCCUCCGGCUCAGGGAAGCGCAAGCGCAGCGCGCACUCGGCUGAUGGCGCCGCGUCCGACUCGGACGCCGGUGGCGACCCCUCGAAGCGCCGCAAAGCGCACGGCAAAUCUCCUUCUCCCGCUCCAACCGCCCUCAUCACGCAAGCGGACUUGAUCGCGUACCUCAAGACCAAGGCGAACCAGACUAGCACGACCAAGGAGGUCUUGACGCAUUUCAGGAAGGCGAUCAAGGGUGAUGCGAGGAACAAGGCGAGUAUUGGAGGGCUUUUGCAGGCGGUCGCGAAUCUGGUCGGGGGGAACUUGGUGCUCAAGCAGGGGUUGUGA